AUGUCCAGCUUGGCUAGAGAGUUCGCAAAGACCAAACUUUCUUCCCUGCCACCACCAGAGCCAUUGCAGGAAGAGCCUCCCGAGUACGAAGAUGACUCGUCCUCGGCAUCGUCAAUGUCUAGCACCGGUACUGUCAGACCGUCAAAUACACUAAGACCCGCCCCCGCAAUACAUUGGUCCGACUACUAUGCCCAAGAAUUCUAUCUUGAACAGCACAAGGAUAGGUCAGGACAUGCCAAGUUUCACGUAUACCUCACACCGCCAGCGACGGCGAAGGCACCCUUGGUAGUGCUCCACCAUGGCGCCGGAAGCUCAGCAAUGACCUUUGCGCUGGCAGCCAAGGAGAUUCGCAGGGCCAUGCCAGAAAUCGGAAUACUGGCUGUCGAAGCACGCGACCACGGAAGUGUUGUCUGGAACGCUAGUGGGGAGGUGGACAAUGAUCUGAGCAUUGGGCAGCUCAGUAAAGAUCUAGUCGACAUGCUGUCGCUCACCCAGAGCAAGAUGAGUUGGGAAGAACUCCCCCAGGUUGUCCUGAUAGGACACAGUCUGGGCGGUGCAGUCGUCACCGAUGUGGCCAACAAGGGCUUACUAGGAAACAAGCUACUGGGCUUUGGAGUGCUUGAUGUAGUCGAGGGCUCAGCCAUGGAGACACUGGGACAUAUGCAUACUUACCUUGCGAGUAGGCCCAAGUCGUUCCCUUCGCUUCCUGCUGCUAUUGAGUGGCACAUCCGAUCACGAACGAUACGCAACCCACAGUCAGCGAGAGCAAGCGUACCGAGCCUGUUGCUACAAAAUCCAGAUGGGCGCUGGGCGUGGCGGACAGAGCUCGCGAGCACCGAGCCAUACUGGGAGAAUUGGUUCACUGGUAUGAGCGGCAAGUUCCUCAGUGGAAAGGGAGCCAAAUUAUUGCUGCUCGCUGGAACCGACAGACUGGACAAGGAAUUGAUGAUUGGGCAGAUGCAGGGCAAAUUUCAACUCCAAGUCUUUCCCGCCGCUGGGCAUUUCCUCCACGAAGACCUUCCUGAAAAGACUGCUGAAGUCGUGGUCGAGUUUGUGAAGCGCAACGAUCGCAGUGCGCUCAUCCUUCCGCCCAAGGUCUCUGACCUCCUUGCACAAGGCAAGAGAGUAUAA